AUGUCAAAUAAUUUAACAACAAUGAAAAGAUUAAUAGUUUCCGAGUUGGGUUUCUUAAAAACAAUGGGGAAUAAAAUAUUUCUAUAUCCUUUUAUAGGAAGAACUAAUUUACAGAUGGUGGGAUAUACAAUUAUGUUCACCUUAGUUCUAUGCACGAUAUUACAACUGACCCUUACCAUUCUUUUGACUGACACAACAGAUUGGCUCGAUAUUGUUAAUGUCGUCCCAAAUUUAGGCGUGUGUGUUAUGACUGUGAUUAAAUACACGAAGCUGCACACACACAAAGAGCUCUACGAUGAUAUAUUUUACCAUUUCCACAAACAAAUGUGGGAUAAUGUUUCACCAUAUUCGAAAAGGCAUAAGAGAAUCGUAGCCACGUAUGGGAGAGUGUCCCAUAUAAUUAAUAGAUUCCUUUUAUAUUAUUCAAUCCCGCUAAUAGUUGUCGUCGAUUCCUUUCCCUACCUCGUGAUGAUUUAUGAAGAGAAGUUUCUAGACGAGAAAGAAUAUUUAUAUCCCUUUGACGGCUGGUAUCCAUUUGACAAAGUAAAGUUUUACGCCGCUGCAUAUAUUUGGGAGAGUUGUAUGACUGCGGUUGUAGUUAGCGUUUACAUGUUCUCAAACAUGAUACAUGCCUCGAUUAUUACAUUUAUUUGUAUGGAAUUACGUAUAUUGGGUGAAUGUCUGGAAGAUUUGAUAAGUCCUCAAGAUGUAAGUAAUAUAAGAAGAGGUGUAGAUGCGGUAAAUUUAGAAGUAUUUGGAAGAUUGAAGAGUAUUAUUGUCAUGCACGAGUUUUUGGCGAAAAAAUCGGCAGCGCUUGACUCUGUUUUGGGAGUGGCGAUGUUACUUAACUAUUCCCUUGGAGCGGUAUUCAUCUGUCUCACAGCAUUCACGGCUACGGUGGUUGAUAAUUUUUACAAACGAGUUCGAUAUACCUUCAUGUGUAUGUCUCUGAUGGUAGAGAUAUCAAACCAGUGUCUUAUUGGACAGAUUUUAAGUGACCAUAGUGAAAACUUGACAAAUUCCAUUUAUUCAUCCGAAUGGCCCAACGCAAGUCACGAGACAAAGAAAAUCAUGCUAAUGUUUAUGAUGCGCACUCAGAAACCUUUUCAACUCUCUGGAAACGGAUAUAUUGUUAUGAACAUGAAUACUUUUAGUCGUAUAUGCAGUACUUCUUAUCAAUUCUUCAACCUUUUGCGCACCAUGUUUUUGAAAUCACGUGUUUUGUAA